AUGGCUGAGGACGAGGGUUUUGUGGACAUCUCGGAGCAGAAAGAUGGGGGUUUGCUCAAGAAGAUCUUAGUGGAGGGUCAAGGCGACGCGUCACCAACUCCAGGGUCGUCGGUGGAGGUGCAUUAUGUCGGCACUCUUCAUUCAGAUGGGAGCAAGUUCGACUCCUCGCGGGACCGCGACAGCAAGUUCAAAUUUGACGUGGGAGUGGGGCAAGUCAUCAAAGGUUGGGAUCAGGGCAUCAUCAGCAUGAAGCGAGGCGAGAAGUGCAUCUUGCGUUGCAGCGCUGACUAUGCUUAUGGGGAGCAUGGAAGUCCGCCCAAGAUCCCCGGCGGUGCUACGCUGAAUUUUGAGGUUGAGCUUUUUUCUUGGAAAGAGAAGGUGAAGCCGCCAGCAAUGAUGACAGCAGAGGAGCGUCGCGAACAUGCAUCGAAGAUGAAAGAGAUGGGCACGGAGGCGUUCAAGCAGGGCGACUUCCCUACGGCAGUGAACCGAUAUGAAGACGGCGCAGAGUACAUCACUUAUGAUCCUGAUGCGGAGGACGAACGAAGUCACAGCCAUGGUGGCAUUCCAUGCGAUGGAGAUCAUGGUGGUGACGAUAGCCAUGGAGCCAAGGAGCCUCUUCAGCUGUCCGAUGCGGAUAAGCAGCUGGCCAUCGCACUGCUGAACAACAGUGCCAUGGCUCGCUUGAAGAUCGGCGAGCACGACGCGGCCAAAUUCGACUGCACCAAGGUGCUGCAGUAUGACGCCAAAAACAUCAAGGCUAUCUUCAGAAGGGCCCAGGCCGAGUUUGCCUUGCACAACUUCAAGGCCUGUGCCGAAGAUGCAAAGCGCACUCUGGAGUUAGAUUCAGGCAACAAGGAGGCAGAACAGCUCGUGAAGAAAGCCAUCGAUGCUGAGAAGAGAGAGAAGAAGCAAGAGAAGGCCAUGUAUUCCAAGAUGUUUGGAUGA